CAGAAACAAAGAAAACCAAUUCUGUGGUGGUCAUGGUGGUAGAAGCCGUCGACUUUAACAAUCUACCAGAAGGUUGCAUAGCAAAUGUUCUUUCCUUCACAACUCCUAAGGAUGUCUGCAGGCUCUCCUUGGUUUCAUCCAUUUUCAGAUCCGCCGCUGAAUCUGACGCUGUCUGGGAUAGGUUUUUGCCCUCCGAUUGCCACACCAUAAUUUCCCAAUCUUCCGCCGCUACCUCCUUAGGUUUCCAAUCUAAGAAGCACCUCUAUCUCUAUCUUUGCCAAAAUCCGCUCCUCAUAGACAAUGGUACAAAGAGCUUUCAACUUGAUAAAGCAAAUGGGAAGAAAUGCUACAUGUUAUCAGCGAGGAUGCUCUCUAUUGUAUGGGGAGAUACUCCCAAGUAUUGGAGGUGGACUUCUCUUCCAGAUUCCAGGUUUUCUGAGGUGGCCGAACUUUUGAGUGUGUGCUGGUUGGAAAUUCGGGGCUGUAUCAACACUGGCAUGCUGUCUCCAGAGACAUUGUAUGGGGCAUACCUUGUGUUUAAGCCAAGUGCUAAUGGUACCUACGGAUUCGAAUACCAGCCAGUUGAGGUAUCUAUUGGUUUUUCUGGAGGUGAUACUCGCAAGAAAACUGUAUUCUUGGAUGCUGAAAGAGAGCGGAGGGUAAGAUACCAGAUUGUUCCUCGCCGUGCUGGGAUAUUUAACCGUACUCGUUUAAUGGCCGCUGUUGAAGCGCGAGCACCAGCACCUAGAGAAAAUCUUGAUGUUCAGUAUCCAAAGCAGAGAGCAGAAGGGUGGUUGGAGAUAGAAUUGGGAGACUUCUUCAAUGAAGGAGGAGAGGACAAGGAGUUGGAGAUGGGUGUUUACGAGGUCAAGAGUGGUGACUGGAAGGGUGGCCUUGUUGUUCAAGGAAUUGAAUUAAGGCCUAAACCAUAUCAUCCAUAAAUAAAUCAAGUACCAUGUGUGGGGUCUUCUGUUUCUGUUUUUCUUAUCAUGGUUCAAUGUUGUUCUCCUUUCAUUGACUAAAUCAAAUUAUUGCUUUCUCAAUGAAUAAUAUCUUUUUUGGUUGUCCUCCUCUUGUUCCAGUACGGACGCUGUGUCUCAUUCAUGCGUGCCAAGCUAUAUACUAUAGAGAGCAUUGUUCUUCCAAACAGCACAAGGCUGAGAAAAAUACAAAGCGAUCAAAA